AUGGCUGCAUCAAUUGCUUCAUAUUUGAAUGUGUUGCUAGGGACACCACCUACAGGACACACAGAUUCAAACAUAACUAGCGAUGAUGAACUUAAAUGGAAAUGGAUUGAAACUUUUCUUUCAAAGAGGUUUGGGUGGCAAUGGAAGGAUGAAAUUCGCAAUUAUCUUAGAAAGUUUGCCAUUCUUCGUGGGCUUUGCCAAAAUGUUGGGCUAGAGCUUGUGCCAAGGGACUAUGAUAUGGAUUCCCCCUUUCCUUUCAAGAAGUCAGAUAUAAUUAGCAUGAUCCCUGCUUAUAAGCAUGUUGCUUGCUCAUCUGCGGACGGGCGUACACUGUUGGAAUCAUCCAAAACUUCUUUGGAUAAGGGGAAAUUGGAGGAUGCUGUAAAUUAUGGGACUAAGGCACUCUUGAGACUCGUUUCAGUCUGCGGUCCUUAUCAUCGGAUGACAGCAGGAGCAUACUGUCUGUUGGCUGUGGUACUAUACCACACAGGGGACUUUAAUCAGGCUACCAUCUAUCGGCAGAAAGCUUUAGAUAUUAAUGAGAGAGAGCUUGGACUUGAUCACCCUGACACGAUGAAAAGCUAUAGAGAUUUAGCUGUCUUCUACUAUCGGCUCCAACACAUGGAGCUGGCCUUAAAGAUGGAGUCAAAAGUUGAUACUUUGGGAGAUAUGUGGUCAGGAAAAUUUGAACCAAAUGAAAAUGUGAAUAUCAGUCCAAAUUAG